AUGAGUUAUCAGAAGAAUUUGUACCAAGAAGAACUUGUUAAUAGAACUGGCUCCAGCACAGGGGAAAAAACGCUGUUGGAAGGAGGAGAAUCAUCAGAAGAGGAGAUGUCUAAUCUGUUUUUCUUUCUCUCCUCCCCUUCAUUUAACUGUUCCUCAAAAAUAGGAGAUUCUGGUGUCUGGGGCUUGAAAAAGAAUUUUGCUUUGUUGGAACUCUUGGAACGGUUGCAGAAUGGACCUGCUGGACAGUGUGGGAUGGCAGAAGAAGCCGUUGGUCUAUCUGGAGAGAGUAUCAUUCGUUGUGAUGAAGAUGAAGCCCACAUUGCAUCUGUAUAUUGCACUGUUUGUGCCACACACCUGUGUGCAGACUGUUCCCAGCUUACUCAUUCUACAAAGACACUAGCGAAACACAGACGUGUACCUCUUGCUGAUAAGCCUCAUGAGAAGACCAUGUGCUCCCAACACCAAGUGCAUGCUAUUGAGUUUGUUUGUUUAGAAGAGGGCUGUCAGGCAAGUCCUCUUAUGUGUUGUGUCUGCAAAGAAUAUGGGAAACAUCAAGGACAUAAGCAUUCUGUCUUGGAACCAGAAGCAAACCAGAUUCGUGCAUCCAUUUUAGACAUGGCUCACUGUAUAAGAACUUUCACAGAAGAAAUCUCAGAUUAUUCCAGAAAAUUAGUUGGAAUUGUUCAACAUAUAGAAGGAGGAGAACAAAUAGUUGAAGAUGGAGUUGGAAUGUCCCAUACCGAACAUGUACCAGGGACUGCAGAGAACGCUCGCUCAUGUGUCCGAGCCUAUUUUUCUGACCUUCAUGAAACACUUUGUCGUCAGGAGGAAAUGGCUCUUAGUGUUGUUGAUGCUCACGUGAGAGAGAAGCUGAUUUGGCUAAGGCAACAGCAAGAAGACAUGACCAUCCUCUUGUCACAGGUUUCAACAGCUUGCCUUCACUGUGAAAAGACCUUACAACAGGAUGACUGCAGAGUAGUGUUGGCCAAACAGGAAAUUACAAGAUUGCUAGAGACAUUACAGAAACAGCAGCAGCAGUUUACAGAACUUGCAGAUCACGUGCAGCUGGAUGCUAGCAUACCUGUCACUUUUACAAAGGACAACAGGGUACAUAUUGGACCAAAAAUGGAAAUUCGGGUUGUCACCCUAGGAUUAGAUGGAGCUGGCAAAACAACUAUUUUGUUUAAGUUAAAGCAAGAUGAAUUCAUGCAGCCAAUUCCAACAAUAGGUUUUAAUGUUGAAACAGUAGAAUACAAGAAUUUGAAAUUUACUAUUUGGGAUGUAGGAGGAAAGCACAAAUUGAGGCCCUUGUGGAAACAUUAUUAUCUCAAUACACAAGCGGUGGUGUUUGUCAUUGACAGCAGUCACAGAGACAGGGUCAGUGAAGCACACAGUGAACUUGCAAAACUAUUAACAGAGAAGGAAUUGCGGGAUGCCUUGCUCUUGAUCUUUGCUAAUAAACAGGAUGUAGCAGGUGCACUUUCAGUGGAAGAAAUCACUGAACUGCUGAGUCUCCACAAACUCUGCUGUGGCCGUAGCUGGUAUAUUCAGGGUUGUGAUGCCCGAAGUGGUACAGGACUUUAUGAAGGAUUGGACUGGCUUUCGAGGCAGUUAGUGGCUGCUGGUGUCCUGGAUGUGGCUUAA